AUGUCUCCACGCAACGAUACCUACCUCUCUCUCGCCUUGGCUCAGGCCAACCUUUCGCCACUUCACUACCGCCACGGUGCAAUCAUUGUUCGUGGUGGCAAAGUCAUUGGGCAGGGUUUCAACUGCUACAAGCCCGGCUUCGAUGGCGGUGCCUUGAAGACCGGCAGUUUGCCCUCCAGCUCCAUCGACGGCCCAGCUAUUGCUGAGCUCAAGGAGCGUUUGAAAACGAAGACGAAGCCUAAGAGUAAGUCUAAGCAGGAUAAUCAGCAGGACGAGGGUACGUUCACGCCAUUCGAGUCCAUGGGCUGUGGUCAUAAUGCCAACGCUCCUCUGAGCAUGCAUUCGGAGAUGAUGGCUAUCAAGUCCGCUCUCUCCCUCUCUUCCGGUACCUUGUCUUCUCAGACCUCGGCUCGCUCAGCGAAGUGCUUCGAAAAACCGUGCUUCAAGUUACCGGGUGAUUCUAAAAAACGGAAAGCCCGAGCACGCGCGCUCAAAGCCUACGCUGCGGCCGUCUGCCUCGAAGCCAGCACCGGCCAGGCCUACGGUGGCAAGUUCUCUAUUCAAAAGCAGAGUUUUGAACCAGGCACAUCUCAACCAGGUCAACAAGGAGAACAACAAGUGCAACGACAAGGAGGAGAGCAGUGGGUUUCACGAAGUGAAGGAGGACGUGGCGGCGAAUCCGAACGAAAGUGCCGAGAAACACCUCAGGAAGAGAAACCGGCCGGCUACUACCCUCACGGGCCUCAACACAAACACUAUCAACAUAAGCGCGGUUCAGAGCCGCAUGCUUACAGGUCUUCAGACAACAGUGGUUCACUAGCUACGUGUCUAUCUAGCCCUACGGAUGAUUUCAUAAAAUCUAAAACACCCAAAAACAAGAAUCCUACAUUCCCUCCUUCCGUAACACCAAAACCUCAGCAAAUCUUAAUCACCAAAAAUAAAUCUCUAAAUGCCAAACACUCCGUCGCCGCCCGCACCAAGGACCUCCGUCUCAAAGGCUCAGACCUCUACGUCGCUCGCCUCGGCACCCACAACACCGCACCCCUCAAACCCAAAUCUCAGCACCGCAAACCUCCCGACCAAGCACCACCUUCACCACCAACACUUAGCAAAGGACCUUCAUCCCUCUACGACGAACUUUCCCCCCUCUGCCGCUCCGUCUCUCCUUCCACAUCUCUUCCAGACCCCCCAGACCCAGAGAAACCCGAAAUCCGAGCCUCGAGACCUUGCUAUAGAUGCGUGGCAGCUAUGCAUUCCGUCGGCAUCAAAAGAGUCUUCUGGACCACGCAGGAUGGGGAGUGGGAAGGGGCUAAGGUGAGAGAUUUGGUGGAGGCGCUGGAGAUGGGGUUGGAGGGGGAUGGGGAGGUGGGGACGGGGCAGGAGAGCAAGGGGGUUUUUGUUACGAAGCAUGAGGUGCUGAUGUUGAAGAGAGUUAUGGGGCUCUGAGUAGGUGUAGAUUUCUGCAAGGUUUAGAGUUAUUCAUGUUUGUUUCAAUGUCCUUGUGUGAUUUGUCAAUGGGCUUGUGACAUGUACGAGGUGAUCGAGUGGUGCUUAGAUGAUUCAUAAGUAUGGAUAUGACCUGAGGGCUUGGGCAG